AUGAGGCGAGGUGCACGUGCUCCCGUGCUAAGACAUGGUGCAGGACGACCACGCAAGAAGACGUUGGAAUCCCUGGCAGCAGAGUCGCCAGAGACUUCUGCUGGGGUUGAGCCUGUCGGUCAGGGACAGACUCCUCAUGGUACUACGGGUGCGUCGGGCUCUCAAACUUCGAUGGUUUCAGAGGUACUUACCCCGACCAUACCCACCGUACCCACUCCUACCGUAUUUACGGUACCACCACCACUAGUGCCUAUGGCAUACCAGGCACCACCGCCACUGGUGCCUACUGCACACCCAAGACUCGCACCAGCAGCAGCAGUUGCUCUACCUCCGGUACCACCACCCACCGUACCUCCAGCCGCACCCACCUAUGUUGACCCUGCAGUGCCACCAGCUGCACCUGCCCCAACCUAUGCAGCAGCACCGAGGAUACCUCCCCCGGCCUAUGCAACGAUACCACUUGUUGUACCAGCUGAAGUGGUUCUGCCAGUUCCUACAGCCGUCCCUACUCUUCACACUGAUAUAGUCGCGGCACGAGCCUGGAUCCCAGCACUGGCAGAGUUUUGUCCAGAAUUAGUUGCUGAGGACAGAUCCUGCAUGCUCUAG